AUGCCUCUACAGAUAAAUUUGUUCCUCACAUUGGUAGAAGAUUUGCUCAAAGUUCGCGAACCAGUAAAUCUGGACGCCAUUUAUUUUUUGACACCAACUAAAAGUUCAGUCGAUGCACUUCUUGGGGAUUUUCCCUUGAAAGGAAAUACAAGGUAUAAAGCAGCCCAUAUCUACUUCACCCAUGCAUGUCCAGAUAAUAUCUUUAAUCUUCUCUCCAAAUCACUUCCUAUGCGAAAGAUUGUAUCGUGCAAAGAGAUAAACAUUGCUUUCAUACCAAUUGAAAGCCAGGUGUUUUCUUUGAACAGCCACACAACAUUUCAAUCAUGUUUUAAUUUAUUACUUGAUAGUGCUCAUAUUCCUCAAUUGGAUACUUUAGCAUUUGAGAUUGCCUCUAUUUGUUAUGCUUUAAAUGAAUAUCCAUCAGUGCGAUAUAUUAAAAAAAGUAACAAUAAAAGCACCUUAGAAUUAGCACAGCUGGUGUUGGGAGAACUGAAGAAAAUGAAAAAAGAUGAUCCAGACAUGGGUGAAGGUUAUGAAAAAAUUCGUUCACAGUUAAUUAUAAUUGACAGGUUUACUGAAGACGAUGCUCAAAAAGAAUUAGUUUUUGACGAUAAAGACAAGGUAUGGGUAGAGAUGAAACAUCAACAUCUUUAUCAUGCGGUAGAUGUUGUGAAAUUGAAAUUAAAGAACUAUGUGGCCCCCGGAUACGUAAAACCUGCUGAUGUUGCACAGAUUUCUACACAUGCUGGUUUAUCUUAUGUCCUUAACAAAAUUCCCCAACAACGAGAAGCAGUGAACCAUGUUACCAAAUAUAUGAGCGCACUUAGAACAUGCAUGGAUUUCUAUGGAAAAAAUUUAGCAAACAUUUGUGUUUUUGAACAAGACCUAGCUAUGGGAGUUUCAGAAGAUAUUUUUAAUGAACUUAUUCAAAAUGCUCAACUUUCACCAGCUAAUAUACAAACUAUUAUCAAUUUGAAUAAACUUGGUGUCACCACUAUUGUAGAAGGAAACAAUAAGAAACCACCUCGUAAGAAGACUGAACGUAAAAAUCAAGUCGACGAAAAUACAUUCCAAGUUUCUCGCUGGACACCAAAGAUCAAAGAUAUAAUUGAAUAUUGUAUUGAAAAUCAGUUGGAUCCUGAUGAAUUUCCUUAUAUAUCUGCUAGAAAUCUUUCAGCUGAAAAUCAUAAAGCGUCUAGGUAUAACUACUGUAUAUUGAAUACCUAUUAA